ACAGGGCGCGGACGUGAACUGCAUGCACGGCACCCUGAAACCGCUGCACUGUGCCUGUAUGGUGGCUGACGCUGACUGCGUCGAGCUGCUGCUGCAGAAGGGAGCGGAGGUCAAUGCCCUGGAUGGCUACAACCGCACAGCCCUUCACUACGCAGCAGAAAAGGAUGAAACCUGCGUGGAAAUCCUCUUGGAAUAUGGGGCCAACCCUAACGCGCUGGACGGCAACAAGGACACCCCGCUCCACUGGGCUGCCUUCAAGAACAACGCCGAGUGCGUGCGGUCGCUGUUGGAGAACGGUGCCUUGGUGAACGCCCGCGAUUACAACAACGACACGCCGCUCAGCUGGGCAGCCAUGAAGGGUAACUUGGAGAGCGUCAGCAUCCUGCUCGACUUCGGGGCGGAGGUCCGGGUGGUUAAUUUGAAAGGUCAAACCCCCAUUUCCCGGUUGGUGGCAUUGCUGGUUCGAGGAUUGGGUACAGAACGUGAGGAUUCCUGCUUCGAUCUUCUCCAUCGAGCUAUCGGACAUUUUGAGCUGAGAAAAAAUGGCAGCAUGCCCUGGGAAGUGACCAGGGAUCAGCAGCUGUGUGAAAAGCUCACCCUGCUCUGCUCGGCCCCCGGUACCCUACAGACGCUGUCGCGUUACGCCGUACGCCGCAGUCUGGGCGUGCGGUUCCUGCCGGAGGCGGUGAAGCAGCUGCCCUUGCCCACCUCCCUGAAGGAGUACGUGUUGCUCCUUAGCUAA